AUUAUAAUAUAAUAAUAAUAUUUUAUAUAUUUAUGUAUUUUAAUUAUAUAAUUAUUAGGCAAAAUUAUUUUUAUGAAAAUUAGAACCGUCUUUUUGUUUACGUGAUGUGUGCACUGUAUAUAUAAAUACGUAAUAUUUACAUAAUAUCGAUCCUAAAUGUUGUUUUUGAACGCAUGCGUGUUUUAAAUAUACACAGUACACAAAAAUACUUUGGAUGAUUAAUCGCGAUUCAUCUGAAUAAUUAUAUAUUAUACAAUAGUACAGGGAUUUAGUCACUCGAUUAUUGUCGCAUUAAAAAAUGCGCUUUGUUAAAUUGUAGAAAAACGUUCAGUUUUUGAGUAGCGUUGACAAAAAGAUUAAAAGUAAACGCCCAUGGGAGGGCAUUUAACGGUUUUUAGACAGCAACAGAAACUGAAACGGUAAAAAAAAAAAAAUUAUCUGAGGUAAAUGAGGGCGGACACACAUGUUCCCUAGGUAGUCUGCACCCUGUGUUUGAGACGCAGCCCCUCUCUGAGAGGACGCUCUCGUCACGUGACCGGGUUAGUGUACGAAGCCGAAAUCAGCCAGAGACGCGAUGAUCUCCUAAAAUGAUCAGCUGGAAAAAUCUGUCCGACACGACCAUGACGAGCAGACGGCCCUCAGCGGUAUGGCUCACUUAAAAGAGCCGUGUGUUUUCGAGCGUUUUCGCGUUUCUUGUCGGCGGGUGACACAUUUAUCGGGACGCGACAGCGGAUCAGUGUGGAAGCGGACGGAGACAAAGGGAACGGCUUUCAUAGCUAGAAUGCUUCGGGCCUAAAAGAAGCCGAGAGCAACAUGAACCGUGAAGACCGGAAUAUGCUCCGUAUGAAAGAAAGGGAAAGGAGAAAUCAAGAAAUCCAGCAGGGAGGAGAGGCCUUUCCAGCUAACUCUCCCCUCUUUCCUGAACCUUAUAAAUCCUGUAAGGAAGAUAAACUCUCAAGUCGCAUCCAGAGCAUGCUGGGAAAUUACGACGAGAUGAAGGAAACAAUCGGUGAACCCCCAAUGUCCAAACUCAUUCCCAAAGCCUCCAGCUCCUCCUCGGACGAUAAAUCCGGUCAGUACAGUGACCAGCGCGGAGGCAGCCAGAGUCAGAACAGCAAAUGGACUCCGGUCGGCGGCAUUUCUUCUACUUCCUGCUCGUCGUCCUCCACGUCCUCGUCAUCGCAGAAGCGCUCGUCGGUGCAGGGCAGCCACGGCGGCGGUCAGCGCAGCGGCUCUAGCAGCGGCGGUCAGCGGCACGAGCGAGAAUACAGCAGCAAGAAGUCCGGCAAGCACGGCUCAGAGCACAAAUCCCACUCCAGCCCGGCCAAGGGCUCCAUGAGCUCCGGGGGACACUCGCGGGGCCGCACCAAGUCGCCCAGGGACAGGGAAGCCAACUGGGACUCGCCCUCGAGAGUCCAUUCCUUCUCCAGCGGACAGCAUCCCAGCCAGACCUUCCCGCCCUCGCUCAUCAAACCCAGCUCCAUGCUCCAGAAGCCCACCGCCUACGUGCGGCCCAUGGACGACCGGGAAACGGCCGAGCCCAAGACCUCCUCGGAGUCGUACGGCGCUCAGUCGCACAGCGGAGCCGUGGGAGAAAUGAAGCCCAAUGGCAAGGCUUCCCUCACCAAGCUCAAGAUCCCGACGCAGCCGGUCGACGUUUCAGUGGGAGCAGAUGCAAGCUGUGUUGAUGAAAUAUUAAAGGAAAUGACUCAGGUCUGGCCUCCUCCACUAACAGCCAUUCACACGCCCUGCAAGACAGAGCCGUCAAAGUUUCCCUUUUCCACCUCCAAGGAUGCCCAGCACCUAUCUUUUGGGGCCCAAAAAAAACUCUCAGGGAAGAGCGCAUCCACCAGUCACUCGUCUAAACCAUCCGACAACGAGCAGUCCAACACGCUGCAUGAAGAUCUGAAGCUCAGCAGCAGCGAAGACAGUGACGGAGAGCAAGAUCCUGCCAAAAACCCUUCCCGAAACACCUCGACAAGUAACAACAGUAAUAACAGCGAGGCUCCUGAACAAGUGGACACCAGCAGUCACAGCGGUUCAGAGAGCAGCUCCGGUUCAGACAGCGAGAGCGAGAGCAGCUCUACAGACAGCGAGAACAACGAACCACCUCGUCCUGCGUCGCCCGAGCGGGAACAGCCCACGGCUAACAAAUGGCAGCUGGACAACUGGUUCAAGAAAGUCAACAAGUCGUCUCCAGCUUCUCCAGUGGAGAACAGCAGCACGACGCCGCCAAAGUACAAGAAAGAGGGGCGAGGAGAGAACUCCAGCAGGAUCUACGGCGGCUCGGGAUCAAAAGACACGGCGCCCUCGGCCGGGCGAGACCUUCGGCCAAACCAGAAGGGGCAGGACAGGCGAAGUCAGAAGUCUCCCGCUCAGAGCGAGGGUGGAAGUCAGAAGGGGCGGCGACUGGAGGUGGGCAAGAAGCAGCCUAAAAAGCCAGACAAGCCUCCCGUGGUGGAGGAGCCCAAGGGUGGGCUCAAGGUGGAGACCGAACCCUCGCCUGAGAUCCCGCUGCACAGAGUCCGUGCGGCCAACAAGGGCCCCCGCAAGCCCAACAUCAAGAAGGAGCCCAAAACCUCCUCGCCUCGCCCGGCGCAGGACAAACGCAAGAAACCGCCCAGUUCGCGCGAGUUCGUAGAAUCCGAUCCGUCAACGUCGGACUCGGAGGGCAACGAGAGCGUACCCUCGUCUUCACAGACGCCGAGAGAGCAGUAUGCCGAGAACCCGUCGGUCCUGUUCUCGCCCAUGCUCUCCCCGCUGAGUGACGGCGGGAGUCUGCCGCCCAGACUGCUGGUGCAGAUCGACCUCAAUCUGCUGUCUAGAGUUCCUGGACGAGUCUACAAGGAGGCCGAGGUGAAGACGGAGAGGGGCUCGCCCGCUGAAGGAAAAGACUUCCAGAAACAGCCGGGAGAAAAAGGAGCCAGCAAGGGGAAGAGAAAACACAAGAAUGAUGACGAUGGUAUCAAACCAGACAAUAAGAAGUCAAAACUGGAUGAGAAGUCGUCACACAAAUCAAGCAGUAAAGACUCGUCUAAGCGUGCUCAGGACAAAGAGAAGGAGUCUGCGCCCUCUCCUUCGAUUACGCUGCAGCGGACGCCCAAAUCUGAGCACCAGGGCCGCAAGCGGACGCUCAGCCAGUCCUCCGCCUCUGUGCCCAGCAGCGCCAGCAGCAAAGACAGCAGCAAGAGCAGCUCCAACUCCAAACACCGCAAAGGAGACGACAAGCCCCUGCGCAGGGACGCCAAGGAGAAAAGCUCUAAAGCGGAGAAUCCCGUUGCAGUGCCGCCCCUCUCCGAUGGCUCUAAAUCUAGAUCCAAACUCCUCUUUGAGGACAGGGUUCAUUCGGCUGAUCAUUACCUUCAAGAAGCGAAGAAACUGAAACACAACGCAGAUGCUCUGAUGGACAGGUUUGAGAAGGCCGUGUAUUACCUGGACGCCGUGGUGUCUUUCAUCGAGUGUGGAAAUGCCCUGGAAAAGAGCGCCCAGGAGGCCAAGUCUCCCUUCCCCAUGUACGCAGAAACCGUGGAACUCAUCAAGUACACUAUGAAGCUGAAGAGCUACAUGGCGCCGGACGCAACCUCCGCAGACAAACGGCUAGCGGUGCUGUGCCUGAGGUGCCAAGCGCUCCUGUAUUUGAGGCUUUUCAAGCUACGCAAAGAAAGUGCACUGAAAUACUCUAAAACGCUCACUGAACACUUGAAGAAUUCGUUGAGUAAUAACCAAGCUCCAUCUCCUGGAGUAGCAAAUAAAACGGCGGGAAUGCCGUCUCCGGUGUCUCCCAAGCUUUCCCCGGGCAGCGCGGGCAGCUACUCCUCCAGCAGCUCCAGCCAGAGCGCCAGCUCCUCCGUCACUAUCCCCCAGCGCAUCCACCAGAUGGCAGCCAGCUACGUCCAGGUCACCUCCAACUUCCUCUACGCCAUCGAGGUGUGGGACCAGGCCGAACAGCUCGCCAAAGAGCAGAGAGAGUUCUUCGCCGAGCUGGACAAGGCUAUGGGCCCGCUCGUCUUCAACACCAGCAGCAUGACUGACCUGGUGCGCUUCACGCGGCAGGGCCUGCACUGGCUACGACUGGACGCCAAGCUCAUCCAGUAGAUCUGUCCGGAGCCCCUCUAUAUAUGCCUACUCGAAACACUCACACACUCGACCUGCCUCAGACAUCUCUGUGACACUGUGUUCAUUUCUACACCAGCUUGCCAAAAACGGAAACACUCAGAGCCCCGGCCCCUCCACCACGGACCCUAUGAAUAUUCACGAGAGGGGAGGCGGCCGAUCAGAGCGCUCAUACACCGCAUCGUCCCGCUCAUAUCAUCAGCUAAAAAAAAAAAAAACGGCCCGCUUUCUUUCUUUGACUGUCUUUUGGGUUUACUUUCUGCUGGCUGUAAGCAAACGAGAAUAAUAAUUGGAUGUUUAUAGCUUUUUAUUUCAACCAAAGUACCUCCCUUUAACCAAAGGUGCUUUAAAAAUUGAGGUUUUCUCCUUUUUAUCAUUUUAUCGUGCCUUGUAUUUGAUAUACAGGAAACCGAGAGACGCGAUACCUGGAAGUACACGUGUAGAAAGCCGGGACUUGUUCACGCAGGGUGUGGAUUGCCAAAGGCUUGUAAAACGAGAAGCAGAGAGAACAUCGUGCGCUCAGCAGAUAAUGAAUGCAGUACAGGCCUCUCUCUUGUAUACCAGACCAAAAGACUGUUCGGCACCAUAUCAAGGCAUUAUUACUAAUAAGUUGAGUUGUUUUUGGCCUGGCUCAUCCACGGACGCCUCAUUGGCCUGUUUGUAUACGUCACUACCGCGAACUCCCAGGCCGCGUUUUAUUAUCUUUUUUGUUUUUAUACGAAAUGUAGCGCUCGCAUUGGUUCUCUCUUUGAUUUUUUUAUUUUGAUUUUUUUUCUCGCUAUUAAACGCAGGAGUAUUUUAUUAGCCUAAUACAGAUUUUAUUUAGAUAAACGGCGAAUCGCUUCGCUCCAAGUUGCGUUUUCACUCUUGGGCAUGGAUACAGGGUUGCAAUACGAGAUGAGAGACGUAUUUCUAUUGUAUAUGAAAAUAUCGUAUUUAACUAUUUAAUGUGAGUCUUGAGGUUGCCUUCAUAGUGUCAUAUAGUCCCCUGUGUGUUGCGGUUCUUUUCAAAGCAAGCAGUCGCGUACGGAUCUAUUUAUGUGUUCUGUUGAGAAUAGCGGUUUAUAUAUGUACAUAUUACACGGACCACGCACGCAGUAAACCCCAUCGAAGCGCGGAAAAGCGGAACGAGAUACGAAAUGCUGGAAAACUUAGCAUCCGUUGCACUAGCAUCUUUCCUCUAAUCGGCUCCCGAACUGUUUUUUUCUGUCUAUGCAGACGUGUUUUUCUCGGUAGCUAACGAGGACUUCCGCCAGAUCCAUCGUUUCUGUUUAGAGAGCGGAGAAAUCCCGCGUUACGUCUGUUAAUGUGCUUUUAUGUCAAUGAACUCAUGCACUAACGUGAUUUCUGUACCGGAUGAUAAAGUAACUGCGUAUGAAUAUGGAUUAUGGAUGGUUUCCCCAUGGCCUUUUUGCUUCUCCAGACGCGUCGUCGUGCUUUGUCCUUUUUGAGUUUCCUGUUUUUACUGUUUUUAUCUCUUCUCGAGUUCACCGUAGUGCUUUUAGAGUAUUAGCCUGGCCGAUUGAUUUAAACCCAUCUUUAAUUUUCUUCGAUCAUAACUUGACCCAGAGUGAGUUACCUUUUUCUUUUUCUUUUUUCGUUUUGUUUUUUCGUCCAGUUGAAAAAUAACACUCGCAUGUUUCUAUUUAAAUACUAAGCUGUACAGAUGUACAUAAAAAUUCUCUUUUAGGGUAAAUUUUUACGACGAUUUAACAUUUGUAUUAAUUGUAAAUAGAAUGUGAAUAUAUUAAAUGCACAUUUUCGUUACUGUUUUUUUUCCCUCCAACAGAACACUGUAUGUUAGUGACGCCACGUUCAGAUUUCCUGUGCUGUGUGAACACGGCUUUCUUUCGUUUUAAAUGGUGACGUCGGUGGGGUUGAAAUGGGCUAAAUGCAGUUGACUAUAAGAAAGAUCUGCCAUCCGUGACAUGGGAAGAACUUGAUCGUGCUUUUGAGCGCUUCCCCUUGUCUGUAUGUAGUACUCAUUUUAUAGUGGUCUCAAAACAAUCAUUGGCAAGCAGUAUAAGAUCAGUUUAGUUUUAAAAGUAUUGACGAGAAUAAAUCUACAUAUAUAUAUUCAUAUAUGGAUGCAAUAUGAUUUAAAGGUACUCUUAAGAGCCUCGAUUAUCAGAACUUGUAAUAACUUGUAAUUUAAACACUUUUUUUUUUUUUUUGGUGAAGUGAGUAUUACUAAUGGAUUUUCUGAGUCUGUUGCAAAUCAUCUUUGUAUUUUGCUGUAUUGAGAAUAAAAUAUAUAUGACUAAAAGG